AUGCCAAAACAAAAACCGGGGGUAAGUACCUUCCUCCCCACCUUCAUAGCCGGUUACAUCUCCGAUUCCUCCGCCUCCACCUCUAGCACCGCCCCACCCAAACGCAAUAAAGGCCCCCCCGAGAAGAAACAGAGGAAAAACCGCAUGGGCCAGCAAGCCCGCCGCGCCCUGUGGGCGAAAAAGUACGGACAGAACGCUGCGCACUUGAAGGAAGGAACGCAGCGCAAAGAAGAUAGGAGGGGGGGGGGAGAGAAGAGGAAGAAGGAGGGGCAAACGGAAGGCAAACUUCACCCAUCGUGGGAAGCAGCGAGGAAAGCUCGGGAGGGUAAGAUGGCGGUUGUUCAAGAGGCGCUGAGGGGUGGUGGGGGUAGGAAGGUUGUUUUCGACUGA